CAGGGCAGAGUGGAAGUCGCCGGUGGUCAGUAGGAAUCCGGCGUAGGUGUGAGGGGAGACGCUAUAAGCGGAGGAGAUAGUCGACGUAAACGUGUCUGUGAAUAGCACCGCUUGAAAGUCAAAUUCUUCCAGCGAAGCCCCCUGUAAACAGCGAUGGCAGGUGCAACUACCUGGCGGACUGUGGUCACCGCUAAACAUGCUCCCUGGCUCACGUCAUUUUGCCAUGUAUUGUGCUUUCAUCUCGACGCUCGACGACGUUGGCCGAAGCUCAAAGCUUCUCCCGUUUUCCAUACGCACUGACGCGACAAGCAUGUAGGGAUCUCGCAGUGCUAGCGAGUUUACCAGCCCGCCUCGUUUCACAGCCAUGACAGGAGCCAAGUGUGACAGAGGGGCUUAAGAGAGGGACGUGGUUUUUUUCCCCUGCUCCUCCGGUGACCUUGUGCGCCUUAGCCUGCACUUGAAUAUCCUGGAGGUCGUAGGGAGUGGAGUUUUGAAGGAUGUAAACAAUCUCUGUGGCGCGCCGCUUCUACUAGAUAGAACUGCUGCACAAAGUAUUCGAAAGAUAUAACUUUACUGACAAGCUUUGUGCUUUUAACUAGGAACGGUGGGGGUUGGGAUUAUUGAGUGGCUGUCUUCCUUAUAUCUUUGGACUGUAGAAUGGGGUACAUCAUUUCAUCAUCUAUUUCAGUACAACUGUUAUUUGUUUGUUUAAAUGGCUGCUGCCCAGUCUCAAGAUCAGUCGGGUUCAAAGUUGACCUCACUAUUGAUCUGCCGCAAAGAGUGUUCUCAUUAAAGAUUAAUGCAAUGUUAAAAAAAAAAAUACAUGAAAGAAUGUUAGUUGACUUAUUUGUUUUCUAAUUAUCGGUGGCUUUGAUAUGGACAUCAAGUUAUGUUUUCAUCGAAUUAAGGAGUUGAGCUGAGAUGGCCUCUGGUCCAUGGAAUGAAUGGCGGGGGUCAGAAAACCCCCCAAAAGAUUUCUUUGCCACCACUAACAGUCGGACCCACCCACCGAAUUCUCACACACGCUGGUCACACUAAAGUGUGAUUGAUCUGAUGCAAUAACAUCCCCAGUUAUACAUUAUUACUUGUUCCAUUUUAAACUGUUUGAAUUGGAAACAGCAUGGCUUGUUUCUCUUUAUGACAUGUGGUUUUAUGAUGUAAGUAGAUCAUCAGUUGUAGUUUGUUCCACAACAAGUUUGUUCUGAGACACAAGCUUCUUUCAAGUCAUUUGGCUUAUGCCUUUGUUUUGGAAACAAGCUGAAAUAGUGGCUACCCUCAUCGGUGUUUGAGCAAUAACAAAUUGGGGAACAUCAGCUGACGGGCCAUAAAGUAGCAGUGAAGAUCUUGAACAGACAGAAGAUCCGGAGUCUUGAUGUGGUGGGCAAAAUCAAACGGGAGAUCCAGAAUCUCAAGCUGUUCAGGCACCCGCACAUCAUCAAGCUGUACCAGGUGAUAAGCACUCCUACAGACUUCUUCAUGGUGAUGGAAUAUGUGUCCGGAGGAGAGCUGUUUGACUACAUCUGCAAAAAUGGACGGGUGGAAGAUUCUGAAGCUCGUCGGCUUUUCCAGCAGAUCAUCUCGGCUGUGGACUACUGCCACAGACACAUGGUGGUCCACAGAGAUCUCAAGCCGGAAAACGUCCUGCUGGACGCCAGCAAAAAUGCCAAGAUUGCUGACUUUGGUCUGUCAAACAUGAUGUCAGACGGAGAGUUCCUGAGGACAAGCUGCGGGUCGCCCAACUAUGCUGCUCCAGAAGUCAUCUCAGGAAGGUUGUACGCAGGUCCAGAGGUGGACAUCUGGAGCUGCGGGGUGAUCCUCUACGCUCUGCUGUGUGGCACGCUUCCAUUUGAUGAUGAGCAUGUUCCCACUUUGUUCAAGAAGAUCAGAGGAGGGGUCUUCUACAUCCCUGAGUACCUGAACCGGUCUGUGGCCUCACUGCUGAUGCUCAUGCUGCAGGUGGACCCUCUGAAGAGAGCCACCAUCAAGGACAUCAGAGAACAUGAGUGGUUUAAGGAGGACCUGCCUGGAUACCUGUUUCCUGAGGAUCCCUCAUAUGAUGCCACAGUCCUGGACGAGGAGGCUGUGAAAGAAGUGUGUGAGAAAUUUGAAUGUACCGAGUCAGAAGUCAUGACCAGCCUGUAUAGCGGCGACCCUCAGGAUCAGCUAGCCGUAGCGUAUCACCUCAUCAUCGACAACCGGCGCAUCAUGACUCAGGCCAGUGAGUUCUACUUGGCCUCCAGUCCACCACAAGGUUCCUUCAUCGAGGACGGCAUGCCACUGCCACCGGGGGUCAAACCCCACCCGGAGAGGAUGCCCCCACUCCUGGCCGACAGUCCCAAGUCUCGUUGUCCCCUGGACGCCCUGAACACCACGAAGCCCAAACCUCUCACUGUGAAGAAAGCCAAGUGGCAUCUCGGGAUUCGGAGUCAGAGCCGCCCCUAUGACAUCAUGGCUGAAGUGUACAGGGCCAUGAAGCAGCUUGACUUUGACUGGAAGGUGGUGAACCCAUAUCAUCUGCGUGUGCGGAGGAAGAAUCCAGUCACUGGGAAUUUGGUUAAAAUGAGCUUGCAGCUCUACCAGGUGGACAACAGAUCCUACCUGCUGGACUUCAAGAGCAUUGAUGACGAAAUCAUUGAAGCUGUGGGUUUCAAGUCUGGGUCGUCCACUCCCCAGAGGUCAGGCUCCACCGCUGGACUCCACAGACCCAGACUCAGCAUCGAUUCAGUCAGCCCAGCCUUGGUGGAUCUGCCUCAGCUCAGCUCCUCCCUGCCCGGAUCCCUGUCUGGCAGCUCGGCUCAGCUCACGCCACGACAGGGGUCACACACCAUGGACUUCUUUGAAAUGUGUGCCAGUCUCAUCACCACUCUGGCCCGCUGAGACCUCUCGGACCCUUAGAGCCCCCUGCUGUGCCUGGAUGUCAGCGCGGAGGAGGACGUCACCAUGUAGCGGAUGUUCAUCUUGAAAUACCAAAGCGGAUAACAGAGGGAGACGGAAGAGACUGUCCUCUGAGUUGGCUGCAAAAGGAUCCAAUCUUGAACCUGUGAACUUUUGAAAGCUGAUGAGGUGAGACAACUUCUCUCCGACAUGUACCCUCAAUCUUUUAUCACCUGUCAUGUCCUGCGAGUGGAGAUUCUGCUGAGUCAAACUGACCUCCAUCUUUUAAAUCGACAGAGCGUUCGCAUUCAGUAUAAAGAGGCCAUAGAAUGAAAUGUGGGUUUCAUAUAUACGCAAAAAAAAGAUGCUGAAACCGUCAUAAAAACAACUUAUAAAGGUCAGAUACACAGAUGAUGAUGAUGAUGAUUCAAAUGAGGGAUUUUUUUCAUACUGUAGACCAAGGGCAACAUCUAACCUGAUGCCGUCACAUUUCAUUCAUAUAUAUGUAUAUAUAUAUAUAUAUAUAUAUAUAUAUAUAUAUAUAUAUAUAUAUAUAUAUAUAUAUAUAUAUAUAUAUAUAUAUAUAGAUAGAUAGAUAGAUAGAUAGAUAGAUAGAUAGAUAGAUAGAUAGAUAGAUAGAUAGAUAUACCUCACAACUGCUCGAUAUAAAGAACUCGCCUCGUGUGAAUCCGAUGUCACAGUGGCUGGAAGCGAUAUCUCCAUUCAGCUGAGGUGAAGAUGAAGAAGCACCAACAGACUUCUAUGGCCUCUUUAAAUGUGUGACAAUUUUAUAUUGUUUGUUGAAGAGACACCUUUUGUCGUGUUGUGUUUAUAUUUUUUAUUCCACACCAUAUUACACAUCUCAUGACCUACCAAAUACUGAGCUUUGUACAUGAUAGAUUAUUAUCCAAAUUAUUUUUGAGAGAUGAAAUCUACAGGCAGGUUUUUGACCACCUAGUUUUUGUGUUGAGUUGAAUCACAGAUUUAAACCGUCUCACAUGUAUUGUGAUUCUCUGAACUUUGCACUGAACGUUUUACACCUGAAGCCCCUCAAUGUGUGACACCAAGUGUGCAUUGUUGAGUCUUGACAUUUGCAGUACGUGUGAGGCAGGAACGAGGGGUGUGGGGGGGGGGGGGGGUCCUGUCUUUGCUCGAGUGCCUCUAAAUGAAAGUCUGACCUUCUCCACUUUAUUUUGAUCAUUGAGUUGUGCGAAAGCUCUGCUGCUGUUCAGAACAUUCUUGUUUUUCAAAAGGCCUGGGCUCCCCGUCGGUCACGCAGUACACAUCUGUUACUAUAAAAGGUCAAUUGGGACCAGAUACAUUAGACUUGAGUAGAUGCUAAGCUCUCAGCUAACAGGAUUACUCCCAAUCCACUCCCACGCUGGAGGGGAACACCUUUUGCUAGUGAGUGACUCUCCAAAACCACAAUGGAAAAGCUGAAUCGAACUAUAGAAUACAAUGAGGAGUAACUUUGUCAUAUCUAGAAAAAAAAUGUAGGACUCAUGUGAGACGGUUUCGAAGAUCUGCUGCAGUUGUGGAAAAAAGCCACUGAAACUUUUUGUAGUUGCCUUAAAUAUGCAACAAGAUGCGUGUGCGUGUGUCCUUCGGAAGAUUACCGAUUUAACUUUGACCCCCUGUACACACGGUCGCUUCAGUUCGCUUGGAACGAUCGUGUGUGAGGCUCUCCAUAAUACAUUCAGUGCCGGCCUGGGUGUGUUUGACGUUGCAUGUGUUCUGAGUGUGAAAGGAAAUGCAUCGCCCCUGCUGCGCGCGCCAUGAGCUGUUGUCAGGGAGACACGAAAACAGAGCGGUAGGCCUCACUAUCAUAGUUUUAGACAUGUUUUUAGUAGGAGUGCGAGUCUCUCAAUGAUGACGUGUGUCAUCAGUUGAUGAGACUAUGUUGGUUUUGUGCGACAGCCAUGGCCUAUUUAGAAUUGGUUUCACAUGUGAUCAGAUCUGGGGUGAGUGAGGGUUCGACGUAGGAGCCGCAUGGGAGAGUUCAUUACCACUCAUGUAUCAGAUUUCAAUGUGCUCGCUUCAGACACACGUAAAAAACAUGUUGCAGUACAAGUCAGAUUAAAGCCAGGUGUAAAUGGGGCCGCUGCCGGUAGCUGUGUGCGCGCAAAUAAAACACUCACACUGGACCUCAUUUUGGGUCACUUACCAUAUUAUUUCUACACACAAGUGUCGCACAGUAUUUUACUGAUGGAAUGUAAAGGGGAGCGUUGGUGCUGCUGUGAUGAACCUCUACCUGUUGCCUUUCCUCCACUCUGUUGUUAUUGUCUGAUCACUUUUUUGGAUCUGAGGUGUAACUGUGAUUUGAAUUUGUUUUAUCUUCUUGUCAAAUGUGACAAGGUAUUACUUCACUGGAGGUGCUGUUGUUUUGCCGGAGAUGUCUACUUGAGUGAAGGAACAAAACUUUGAUGUCGCCAAAAGAAACAAGUGUCUGACUAUCACUUUUGAAAUCCUUUUAGUGUGAUGCGUUUGAUAUUCAUGAACAAGUCGCUCAACAAGGCUGGGAGUAUUCGCUCCAUAAAUACAUUUCAAAAUAGAAGUUUGAGCUGCUGAGAUGGAGUUUGUCGAUGGAAGAUUAUGAAAAGUGAAAGCUGUGAAACACAAAGGUUGACUUGAAAAAGACAAAACAAUGUAAGUCAGAAUCUUCUGAAUUAAAAUAAAAAUUGUUAAAAUCAUGCACACACUCAAAUUUAGGCAUCCACAGAUACUGGGCUUGAGUACUCAUAGACUGGCCACCGAUACCACUUCACAGGCAGUUCACAGUUUUUGGAUGUCAGUUUAUGACAAUUUUGUAGAAUUUGUGUUUGUACUGCAGUGAAACGUGACAUGCUGAGGAAUGUGGUUCAAAUAAUUAUGGAAAAAAAAGUGUAAUGCCCUAAGUAUUUGGUAUCAGUCAGUACUCAAAUGCAAGUACUUGUACACAAGUCAAAAAAGGUGGUAUUGGUGCAUCCCUACUCAACAUCAAACCCAUUAGGAGAGAGGUUUUCUUACCUUGAUUUUUCACAACUCUUGGAACAUUUUGCACAAUUAAAAGUCAAAUAUUUAACAAUACAAUGAAACACGUCAACAUGUUCUUCGACCGGUGCACCUCAUAUGCAGACUAGUCAUGAAGAUGGUUGGUGACUAGUCAACUAUCAAAACAGUUGUUGACGCCCUUCCUACCUUAAAAGUCCAGAUCACGGAACAAACAUUGAAAUGAUGAUAGAAACAGGACGUGAGCAAUUGGGUACAAAGUAACUAUCUAUUUGCAUGGAGUAAAUGAGUAAUGAAAAUACAAAAUAUCAUAAGGAAAGGAUGUGAAUUAUGGAUGGAGGCACAGAAGGAAAAGCAAGUCCAAAUACUUUAAUGUAACGUCAUGUUCUAAUGUUUAAGGUGAAGCUAGUGCUAGACCUCUGAUAGAAAACAGCGUAAAUAAAAACACUCCGAAACUGAUGAAACAAAGUUGCAAGUUUUACCUCAAAACCCUUAUUGUAAACCUUAUUGUGGGUGCACAGAGUGACUCUCAAAAUAAUGUAUUGAAAAUGGGAACUGUUUUAGUGCAGUUUUAAAAUUCAAUUUGUGAAUCUAGAACUGGUUUUCACAGCUUCACUGAAUAUCUCAGCAAAGGACGAGCUUUUUCUUUUCCAACAAACGCUGUUGAAAUGAUUUUGUUUAUCUUUGUGAAUUAAUUUGAAAAUGUUUGUGUUGAAGGUUUCACUUGUCAAGGUUCCCUGCACGAAUCCCUGAUUCCAUGUGAUCUGAGUGUCUCUUGCCUGUUCACUGAUGAUGAUGUGAUGCCUCUACACUCCUGUUCUCCAUGUAGCGUUCGGGUCGUAGCACUUCAAUAUUCACUCCGACCCAGAACACACCAUCAGUGGUAUUAAAAGAGCAACUGGAAUAUGAUCUUGCAGAUGUCAUACCGUAUUGCAACCACCGUUGGCAUGUUCGUCGUACAAUCUGGAUGAGGCACAUCUUACCUGUUGCACCAAAGUGUUUCCCUGCAGCUGUUACCUUUAAACGGUGUGUGUGCGUGCGUGUGUGUGUGUGUGUGUGAGACACUGAGGUUUAUUGGUCUUGUUCUGCGCUGCAUGUUAUUAUUUGCACUUUAAUGAAUAUUUAUUGAAAAAAAAACAAUAAACAGUAAAUAAACAA